CUGGGGGAGUGUGAGCAGCUGCGUUGCCGCGUAGGUGAGAGAUCGGUCCCGUGCGCACUGCGGCGCUCUCCCUCCGACCCUUCCUCCAUCCCUUGCUGGCCCGUCCUAUUCUUCCGCGGCUGCUUGCUAGCCUGCUAGGUGCUGAGGAAGAAUGGGGGAGAGAAUGUUGGGGGCUCUUGGAUGCAUUCGCGGGGUUCAGGCUGUGAAAGUGAGUUGGUGAGCUUCUUGCGUUUUGUGCGGUGCCUGCUCUUGCCUCCUGGGUUCGCUGCGUUCAGGAAACUGAAUUUUUUUAGCAAGCAAGGCAAGCCUCUCAGAGGAAUUAUUGUGCAACUACAUUGCUCCACCUUGGGCCUUUCUGCUUUAUUCUGUUGCCCGAGAAAAUCCUCGGUGAAAUUCUGAGCAUUCAGGUUUUGAAUUGAUAAAAUUUACCAAGGUUCCAAGCCAACCAAGAAAAUAUAUAGAGCUAGCUGAGCUCCAAUGGGUUGGCACCUGAGUAUCCUUAUCAUGGCCACAACCUGUUUUAUGUUAUUCCCAAGAAGCGACCAGUCUUCACAGAGCCAAUUUCUGCAGCAGCUCAGGAAGCAGCUGGAGUACCCCAGGCAGCUGGAUGCAUGGGGCAACCCAAGCAGUGAUCCCUGCUACACUCAGCCCACUGCAGUGCUCGCUGUAACAUGCGACGGAAAUGCCAUCACGGAGCUUAAGAUCGUUGGUGACAGGAUUUCCAAGCCGCCAAAGUUCAGUGGCUUUUCUGUUCCUAAUGUCACCCUUUCAGAAGCCUUUGUUCUUGAUUCGUUUGUUACUACGUUGGCAAGGCUGACUACCUUGCGGGUUGUUAUCCUGGUGUCUUUGGGCCUAUGGGGUCCCCUCCCGGAUAAGAUUCACCGCUUGUCUUCGCUUGAAGUGCUUGAUUUGAGCUCCAAUUUUCUGUAUGGAUCGAUCCCUCCCAAGCUGUCAGUCAUGUCGAAGCUCCAUACCGUGACACUGGAUGGUAACUACUUCAAUGUAAGUGUGCCAGACUGGCUUGACUUGUUCUCAAACCUCACUGUUCUUCGGUUGCAGAGUAACCAGCUGAAGGGAUCCAUACCAUCAUCAAUUGGCAAAGCUGCCAUGCUUACGGAGCUUGCGCUUGCUGGCAAUAGCAUCUCAGGGGAUGUUCCAAAUUUAGGCAACCUAAGUAAACUUGAGAUGCUGGAUUUAAGGGACAAUGAGUUGGAUGGAGAGCUUCCGGAGAUGCCUACAGCAUUGGUAACAAUCUUACUCAGCAAGAAUUCACUAAAGGGUGAAAUCCCUCAGAAGUUUGGUCAGUUGAACCGGCUUCAGCACCUUGAUCUCUCGUUCAACUUUCUUGUGGGGAGUCCUCCUGAAGGGAUCUUUGCUCUACCCAACAUCAGUUAUCUGAACUUGGCGGCAAAUAUGCUUAGUGGAUCACUCUCGAGUAGCUUAACAUGUAGCAGUACACUGGGCUUUGUGGACCUGUCCACUAACCGAUUCACAGGUGAUCUGCCUGCUUGCCUGAACGGCAAUAUUAAUAACAAGGUCGUCAAGUUUGACGGGAAUUGCUUUAGUGCUGACCCUGCUCACCAGCAUGAAGCUAAAUAUUGCCAACAAUCUCAUAAGGGAAGAGGAUCAAACAAGGAUGUUGGACUUGUAAUCACUGUUGUCGGCAUUUUGUUUAUUGUGCUCGUGCUUUCUCUGGUGUUAAUGGCUUCAAACAAAAGGAGCUGUCAGAAAGUUCUUGCGGAACAACAGUUCCUGCAAAAGCAUAAACAAGAUAAUUCGACUUCAGGAAUGUCCUCAGAACUGCUAGUGAAUGCAAGGUGCAUAUCUAAUGCUGUGAAGUUAGGAACACAAAUACAGCCAUCAUAUCACAUAUUUUCUUUAGAGGAACUCAAGGAAGCAACAAAAAGCUUUGAACGGUCAGCAUUUUUAGGCGAGGGAGCAAUUGGAAAGCUAUACAUGGGAAAAUUAGAGAAUGGCACCCUGAUUGCUAUAAGAUGUUUGGCAUUACACCAACGAUAUUCAAUAAGGAAUCUAAAGCUUCGUUUAGAUCUCCUUGCAAAGCUUCGCCACCCAAAUUUGGUUUGCCUCUUGGGGCACUGCAUUGAUAGUGCAGUUGAUGAAUCGAGUGUGAAGAGGGUAUUUCUUGUAUAUGAAUAUGUUCCUGGUGGAACUCUCUCUUCGUAUCUUUCUGGCUCUAGUCCAGAGAAGACCCUAAAGUGGUGUGGUAGGCUGCAGGUUCUGAUUGCUAUAGCUAAGGCUGUUCAUUUCCUACAUACAGGAAUAAUUCCUGGUUCCUUAUAUAAUCGACUAAAAUCUUCUAGUAUUUUACUUGACGAACACCUUAUGGCAAAGUUGAGCGACUAUGGAUUAUCGAUAAUAACAGAGGAGAUAUACAAACAUGAGGUAGUAGAAGGGAAAAGAUACUUGCAAAACAAUGUUGCAGCAAUGGAAGAUUCAGAGGAUGAUGUCUACUGCUUUGGUUGUAUUAUACUGGAAGUACUCAUGGGCCCAAAAUUACAUGGGAAAGGCAGUCCUUUUGUUUUAAAUGAUUUGGUUGUCUCAAUAUCAAGCCAGGAAGAGCGUGAGGAAGUUCUGGAUCCAGUCGUUAUUGGAACUUCAUCACAGGAUUCUCUUUCCGUAGUGUUUUCCAUCAUGAUCAAAUGCCUAUCCAUUGAAUCCUCGGCCCGACCUUCCAUCGAAGAGGUUCUCUGGAACCUGCAGUAUGCUGCACAGGUCCAGGUGACAGCGGACGGCGAUCAGAGAUCAGAAGUUUCCCCAGAAGCAUGUUAGCACACCUGAAAGUAGGAACAUGGAAGUCUGUCUUCCCAUGCGGCCUCUGUGUAUUAUUGCAGUUUAAAUAGCAUGCCAAUUUCUGCAAGCUCAGCACAGCAGGGGCGUGGUUAUCUAGGCAGUAACGUUUUCCUUGCU